UUAAAAUGUUCUUGCAGUGUGUUUUCCUGAUCUCCAGCGCCAGCCUGAUUUCCUCCAAAUGGAUUCCCGAGCGCAUCGUGGGAGGCCAUUCGGUGUCGAUUGAUGUGGUUCCCUGGCAGGCUUCGAUCCUAAAACAUGGUAGUCAUUGGUGCGGUGCUGCCAUAUACAGUGAAGACAUCGUUAUAACGGCAGCCCACUGUGUACAAUACGCAUAUCCUGGCGCUUUCCACGUGAGAGUGGGUUCGGCAUACACCAGCUUCGGUGGUCAGGUAGUAAGGGUAUCACAAAUUCUGGUCCACCAGGACUACGACCAGAGUUUGUCCAACGAUAUAGCCGUGAUUAGACUUCAAUCAAGCCUCAGGUUAAGUGACAGUGUGAGUUCCAUUCCUUUGGCCGAAAGUUCCCCCGCCAGUGGAUCCCCAGCCACGGUUUCCGGAUGGGGAGCUGUGGGAUAUCAUCAGCAAUUGUCCAGAUCCUUACUCGAGGUAUCUGUGGAUAUUGUGGAUCAAAAAAAGUGCUCUGAUUCCUACGACGGACACAUCACCAAUGACAUGAUCUGUGCCGCUGCUCCGGGAAAAGAUGCCUGCUCUGGGGAUUCCGGAGGUCCUUUGGUGUCCAACGGCAGACUCGUUGGCAUCGUAUCCUUCGGAACAGAUUGUGCUCAUCCUAAGUAUCCAGGAGUCUAUGCUGACGUGGCUAAGCUUAAGCCCUGGAUCUUGAAAGCUAUUCAAAGACUUUAAGGACUAAAUAAACAUGUGGCUAGUAAGCUGUUUACAGAAAGUAUGAAUAAGAAAUUUGUAUAAAACAAGACAAGAAGUAAACUUCGGCAAGCCGAUGUUUAUAUACCCUUGCACUUAUUACAAAUCGACAUUACGAUU